GAAUAGCCCAAUUCCAUGUAUAAAUGCACGCCGGGGGACAGCCUCCCUCACCCUUACUAUUUCAUACACCUUUCCCUGGAGAACAAAGCAAGCCUAUCAAAGUGUCAAACAUGUCUUCCACUGGCCUACUCUACUAAAUUUACAAAUCAAUCUCUGUGGCAUCGCAUAGAUUUUCGGUGAUUGAAACAAGUUUCUUUCUCAUUUGUAGUGUGAUUGUUAAAUUCGUUCAGAGCCAUGGCUCUGUCUGCUUCGGACGUUCCUACGAUGUAUAAUUUGCUCACCAAUUCUUUGAGGGGAGACGAAGCCUUGCGUAAGCCAGCAGAGACUGCUCUUACUCAGUCUGAAAGUAGGCCUGGUUUUUGCUCUUGUCUUAUGGAAGUGAUUACUGCAAAGGAUCUAGCUUCUCAGGGAGAUGUACGCCUCAUGGCUUCAGUUUACUUCAAGAACAGCAUCAGUCGGUACUGGAGAAGUAGGCGUGAUUCACUGGGAAUGAGCAAUGAAGAGAAAAUACAUUUGAGACAGAAACUACUUUCACAUUUGAGAGAAGAGAAUUAUCAGAUAGCUCUCCAGUUGGCUGUUAUCGUCUCGAAAAUUGCUCGUAUCGAUUAUCCUAAAGAGUGGCCAGAGCUUUUUUCUGCUUUGGCACAACAACUUCAAUCGGCAGAUGUCCUUACAUCGCAUAGAAUUUUCAUGGUCCUCUUUCGAACCUUGAAGGAGUUGGCAUCUAAACGUCUUACUUCGGAUCAGAGGAACUUUGCAGAGAUUUCCUCUCAUUUCUUUGAAUAUAGUUGGCACCUUUGGCAGAGUGAUGUGCAGACCAUAUUGAGUGGUUUUUCUGCACUUGCCCAAAGUUCCACUGUGGUUGCUUCAGUAGACCAUCAAGAUGAUCUAUAUUUAACUUGUGAGAGGUGGCUGUUGUGUUCGAAGAUAAUAAGGCAACUGAUUAUUUCGGGGUUUCCGAGUGAUACAAAAUCAUUUCAGGAGGUUCGGCCAGUCAAGGAAGUCUCCCCCGUCCUCUUGAAUGCUGUUCAGUCAUUUCUUCUAUACUGUAAGAUCUCUGUCAUUUUGAAUUUUGCAAAUCCAAUAGCUGAAGAUAACUGCUUGCACAGUUUCUUGUUUACCGCUCUUCAGAUGUUCUCAUUCCCUCUAGGUUACUGUACUUUUUUACAGUUUUGCAUGGUUCAAGUUGCUUUGUUGUCCACAAAAUUGUUCUUGUUGCCAUUGUAUCUGUCUGUAACAUAA